AUGAUUAGAAAGCAGAAAAGUGGUCACGCCAAAGCGGUAAUACGACAAAGAAGGGAUGCCGUAGAAAGAUCUCAAACCGGAGAUAUGAAUAAAUAUUUGGUACCAAGAAUCAUCCAACACACAGAGACAGUAAGCGAUGAAGACGAAACCAAUGAUAUUGAUAAUGAUGAGGAGUAUGAAAACUUAGUAAAUAAUAUGUUAGAAGAGGAUGCUUUGCUGAAUGGUCGGGUAAACGAUGAAAACGUGCAAGAAGAACUAAGUGACCAAGAAUUAAAUACAGGUGAAGACGACUUAGAAGAGAAUAUUCAAGAUGACUUGGAAGAGGUUCAAAAUAGAGACUUUGGACCAGUAAAUAUUCAUGAUCCGGGGAAUUGGAAAGAGAUUAACCAUUACUUGAGAAACCUUUUGGUAGAGCAUGGUCAUGUCAGAAGAAAUAACACUGAUUUUGUUUUUCCCAAAGGUGCCGGUGCCAAAGUUAGACGUUUUGAACAUCACCACUACAUAAGGCAAAUGAGCAACGGGGAAACCGAAGAUAGAAGAUGGCUAGUAUAUUCAAAUGUUUUGGAUCGAGUGUUUUGUUUUUGUUUCAAAUUAUUCAAGCAAGGUGGACGUAAUUAUCAGCUGGAUACAAAUGGCAGUAGAGAUUGGCAUAAUAUGGGCGCUAAGCUUUCACGCCAUGAGUUAUCUACUAGGCACUAUACUGCCAUGCAUAAAUGGAAAGAAUUGGAAAUUAGACUUCACAAGAAUGAAACUAUUGAUAAGGAGAUUCAUGAACGAAUCAAGAGGGAGAAAGAAUACUGGAAACAAGUCUUAAUAAGAAUAGUUGUUGUUAUAAGAACCCUUGCCAAAAAUAAUUUAGCAUUCCGUGGAGCAAACGACAAGGUUGGGGUAGCGAAUAACGGUAAUUUCUUAAGCUUUAUUGAAAUGAUUACAAAAUUUGAUUUGGUAAUGCAAGAACAUCUUCGACGUAUUAAAGACCAUGAAGUUUAUCAUCAUUAUCUUGGUCCUUCAAUCCAAAAUGAAUUAAUUGCAUUGUUGGCACGUCAUGUGAAAGAUUAA